AGCAGCGUUGCCAUGGAUCCCGCGGAGGACUGGCUGGUGGAAUCCUUGCGCUUGUACCAAGAUUUCCAUGCAUUCGACCUCUCGGGAGCCACACGAGUCCUUGAAUGGAUUGGUGACAAAGGAGUCUGUGUUGCUGGCUAUGAAAGCCGGAAGAAAAAUGAGAUUCUUCAUCUGAUACUACCUCUCAGACUUUCUGUCAAAGAAAACCAGGGCUUAUUCCCAGAAAGAGAUUUCAAGGUUUGCCACGGAGGAUUUUCGGACACGCCUGUCUUUGACCUGAAGCACGUGCCAGACACCAGGUUGCUGGUAACCAGUGGUCUUCCAGGCUGUAACCUGCAUGUGUGGCAGGUCACAGAGGACAGUGAUGUCAUUCGGGCUGUCAGCAGCAUUGCCGUGCAGGAGGCGGAGGAGGGUCUCUGGCCUAGGGUGGCCAUCUUCUCUUCGACGGCCCCGGGGGUACUGCACGGGGCGAGGCUCCGCAGUCUGAAGGUUGUGGAUCUGGAAUCCCAGAAGACCACGUACUCCUCAGGCAUCAGCGACAACGAGGAGCUGAGCAGCCUUCAGGUGCUGGAUGCAGACACCUUCGCCUUCUGCUGCGCCUCGGGCCGCCUGGGGCUCGUCGACAUCCGCCAGAAGUGGGCGCCGUCAGAGAACGUCAGCCCCGGGCCCGGGUCUGCUGGAGGGAGGUGGUGUGCUGAAGUUGCGUGCAGACGUGGGGGCCCCGGGCCCAGCAUCGCCAGCCUUGGCUCAGACGGGCAGCUGUGUCUCCUCGAUCCUCGGGAUCUCUGCCACCCCGUGAGCGCGGUGCGGUGCUCCGUGUCUGCACCUAGCCCCGACCCAGAGCUGCUGCAGGUGACUUGGGCACCAGGCCUGGACAACUGCCUGGCCGUCUCAGGUUUUGAUGGGACAGUCCAGGUCUAUGAUGCCACAUCUUGGGACAGAACGGGGGGCCAAGUAGAACCGCUCUUCACCCACAGGGGUCACAUCUUCCUAGAAGAUGGUCAGAGAGACACCGUGCCGCUGCUCACCACCCACACCUGGCACCCCCACAAGCCGAGGACUUUGUUAUCGGCAGCAAGUGACGCCUCUCUGCACGUGUGGGACUGGGUGGAGCGCUGUGCGGCCUGCUGACCCCCGCCUCUCCCUGCCCGGGCCUCGAAGAAGGGGAGCCGCUGGAGAGCCAAGGAGGAGCUGACCCCGUUCACCACAGAGCUAAACACACCUGUGGCUGAGGAGUGGGAGAAGCUGAAGACAGCAGCUGCAUGCAGAUCGGCACCAGCGUGAGCUGCAAAGGCACCUGCGCCGCCGCCCAAGCAUGAAAACAAAAUGGCAGCUGCUUCACUUCCUCCAAAUCUCAUCCCAAAAUGACUCUUGUGGCUCACUCUACCUGGAAACAUACAGGGAAGGGAACUCUGGGGGAUGUGGUUCUAUCUGACCGAGUCACCACAUUAUAAAGCCACCUCAAGUUUGGGGGUGCAGCUGGAGAAUUUGCAUUUCUAGUAGGUUCCCAGGCGAUGCUCCUGCCGCAUGUGUGUGAGCGACCCUGAGUCCCUGCAUGUCUGGCAGCACAUCUGUUGUGCAGGACUGUCUCAGCAAUCGCAUUAUGUCUGUGUGGCCCCCGCCACCAAAUGCCAGUUGAGCCACCAAUUUGUGGGACAGCUACAGCUCCUCACCUCCAGUUUCCAGAAUGUUCAUUUGGAAAUCUACAGUCCCCGGGAAGGAACUCCUGGGGUUCUCAGCAAUUCUAGGAAGAUGUCCCAGGGAAUCCCUAGAGGGACCCAAAGACAACUCAUCAUUCACAUUGACAUCAGCACAGGACCCACUCCAGCUCAGCUCUGGGCAAGGAGAGCUGAGACUCAGUAGCACGGAAGGGAGAGAAUGUUCAGGAACUGUGUUGGCCUCACAAAAAUUCAAGAUCUAAGAGAAAGACGAAGCAGCAAAAUGGAGAGAAGCAGAAAUACAGCAAGUGGCCCUGCAGCAAAGGUGGUUCCUCCAUCCAGGUUCUGGCUGCCGCCGUGCCUCCUGGGAGAUGUACACAGCCACACCGCUGAAUGUCACCAACUCCUGGGAAAACCUAACACCCUGUUCAAAAUGUGCUGCCUUGGGACAAAAUGCCUCUCCAUGUGGCCUUCGUCAGACAGCAGGUGACAAAAAAGACUUAGAAGGAACUAAAAAUACCUCUAGGCCCCAGGCGGGGCUCUAAUUCAUGACUGGAGAUCAAAAGUGGCGUGCUCCAACGACGAGCCAGCCGGGCGUCUCUGUGGGACGCAUUUUUAAAAUGCUGCCCUGAACAACCCACACAGUGUGAUUUCAGUGCUUGAUACUAUUUGUCAAAGUCAAGUCCAGGCUGUGCAACAAAAGUUUUUCCAUGUGUUCCUGAUUGCUCAUUCUGGGGAAACUGGCUGCCAUGUUGUGAGGAGAGGCCUAUGUGUGGGGAGGCAGCCUGUGUAUGUGUGAGCUUGGAUCGUCCGGCCCCAGUCAGGCCUUCAGAUUAUCUGCAGCCCCAGCCAGCACCUGGAUGCAGCCUCAUGAGAGACUCAAUUAGAGACACCCAGCCAAACUGCUUGGAUUCCUGAGCCAUAGAAACCAUAAUAAAUGCUGUUGUAACCCA